CCUCUCUCUCUCUCUCUCUCUCUCUCUCUCUCUCUGUGUAUAUUAUAGUAUAAUUAUUGUACUUAUGGUUGAAUUAAGAGAGAUUCGGGAUAGACUUGUUGGGAGUAAGUACAGGAAUGGAGGGAGAGGGAGAUUUGGCAAAAGUUGGGCUAUUGAGCAGUGCCGACCGGAAGCUCAACGGAAGCGACCGCCGCUACUCCGUUAACUCCCUCCGCCAGGACUUCGUGGCCCGGCUCCCCGAUAAGCUCCGGCCUGCCGUUGAUCUCGAGUCUGCUUCUCUCUUUGACUUCUCCAAGGCCACCUCCUUAACUAAGGGAGAAAAAGACUACUACGAAAGACAAGUUGCAACCUUACAAUCAUUUGAGAAAGUUGAUUCUUUGGCGGUCUCUGACAACAUAGAUGAGGAAGAAAAUGAAGAACAGGUUCAACAUGAAAGAGCAAUGAUGAUAUCUAAUUAUGCAAACAUUAUACUGCUGGCAUUCAAGAUUUAUGCUACAAUAAGGAGUGGAUCAAUUGCCAUUGCUGCAUCAACACUGGACUCCUUACUGGAUCUCAUGGCUGGUGGCAUACUUUGGUUCGCUCACCUGUCCAUGAAAAACAUCAAUAUCUACAAGUAUCCUAUAGGGAAAUUGAGGGUGCAACCGGUAGGCAUAAUUAUCUUUGCUGCUAUCAUGGCCACUCUGGGCUUUCAGGUAUUGGUCCAGGCAGUAGAACAACUAGUUGAAGACAAACCAUCUGAAAAAAUGACUUCCAAUCAAUUGCUAUGGUUAUACACAAUUAUGAUAUCGGCUACUGUGGUAAAACUUGCUCUCUGGUUGUACUGCAAAGCCUCAAGAAAUGAGAUCGUUCGAGCCUAUGCAAAGGAUCACUAUUUCGAUGUGGUAACUAAUGUAGUUGGUUUAGUUGCGGCUGUUCUUGGUGAUAAGUUGUUCUGGUGGAUUGACCCAGUCGGAGCCAUCGGCCUUGCAAUUUAUACAAUGACAAAUUGGUCUGGAACUGUUCUGGAAAAUGCAGUGUCACUUGUGGGACAAUCAGCUCCUCCUGAAGUCCUGCAGAAAUUGACUUAUCUCGUCAUAAGGCACCCUCAAGUUAAGCGCAUCGACACUGUUCGUGCUUAUACUUUUGGUGUUCUGUAUUUUGUAGAGGUUGACAUCGAACUUCCCGAAGAGUUGCCACUGAAAGAAGCCCAUACCAUCGGCGAAUCCCUACAGAUAAAAAUAGAGAAACUUCCUGAAGUGGAACGGGCAUUUGUUCAUCUUGAUUAUGAAUGUGAACACAAACCAGAGCACUCCGUUCUCAGUAGGCUUCCAGACAGCCAGGAUUGAUUUUCUGCGGAUAUGGUUAGAAGGGUAUUAAGGAUACUAAAUGCUGUCUCCACUGAUCUCCCAAUUCACAAAUGGGGUACUUCUUGUUGCACUGCUUGAUGAAUCUAGUCAUGAUCCGAGAGCAAUCCGUAAUAUAAUGCUCCCAAGUUCUUAUACCAUUAGGAACUUUCUUGCGUAAAGAGAAAUCGCUUGCAUGGUGCAGUAUACUGAUUCCACUUCUUAUUCAAUUUGGAGAAAGGUUUCCAUGACUUCAUGUAAUAUUUCUUUUUUCUUUCUUUCAAUUAUGCAUGCCACAGUUGAAGUUUGAGAUCUCCACCCGAAUGAUAUUUUUACAGAAUUUUUGUAUAAGAAAAUGCCAAUAAGAAUAUGGGAGGCAGCAGCUUUUCUGUUA